AUGGAUGAGCACUACAGCUACGACAGCCCGCAGUUCUUCAACUACGAUGAUGCUAUCCCUGUUGAGCCCGGGGAUGUGCUGAAGACUACGUGCGAGUACAGCUCCACGUACAAAAGCCGUACCGUCACGUUCGGCGAGUCGACGCAAGAAGAGAUGUGCUACGCCUUCCUCUACUUCUACCCCGUGCAGGCCAUGCUGGCCUCCCCCAUGUGCACCACCUAUGGUUCUCUCAGUGGGUGUGAUCCUGACACGUACAAAGGCUGCAUAGGCGCGGAGGAGUCCAAGUGGUACCAGACAUUCCCCAACAUCCCAGUGUUUCACAACAUCACGGACGCCUGCCACCCGUUUGGCCCGUGCACUGCGGAGUGCAUGCAGGCUAUCCUGGCUGCGCAAGAGGCAGAGCCUUGUCUGACGUCCGGUGAGGCGUGGGACCGGAUCGUGGAAUGGAGUCUGACGCGCAAGCCAGAGGGCAUGCAGUUCCUGGCUGCCCUGGAGUCCUGCGAGAUCGAGCUCUACGAGCUGUCCAGGGCCAAGAACGCCAGGGUGCCCAGCCAGUCCUCACCCACUGUUUAG